AUGGGUGAGGAAGAAGGGAGAACAAUCGUGUACCUACGGUUCCCAUUUAAAAGGGAUGGUUUUGUUGAUCCUCCGCAAUUUAUAUGGAAUGAAGAUAAAGAAAUACAAUUAUGGAACGAUCUAAAUGAAAAGGAUGAAUUAUCUAAAAAAAAUUAUACAAGAAUUGAAUGGGAAUUUUUGGUCGGGAAAUAUGAAGUUCCAGAAGUGUUUCUUAAGCAACAAGUUUUCUGGUUGUAUCAGCACAAAGUCAAAGUACUAGAGACCAUAAAUCGUGAACAACUGAAGAAGCUACGAUCAUUACAGAGUAAGAAUAUUACAGAUAAAACGCAAUCUUCCCAAAACAGUAGAAAUAAUGAGACUAAUAGUGGGAACAUUGAUGAGUUGGGGGGUUCCGAUUUUGAUUACAACAGGCUAUUUAAGCCAGAGCACCACCAUAGUGGUAAAUUGUUUGAGUCAUUUGGUGGCAGCAGAAAGGUUGGCCUAGGUAACAGUAACGCCAAAGAAGGAGAAACGGGCAUGGAUAGCCUGGUACUAUCAAUUGCGCGUAGUACAAACGCUAGUAAUGAUGAUGCGAUUGCGGGGAGUUACCAUGAUGACGAAGAGAAGGGGCUAAAUAUAGAUGACAUUGCAGCGCAUUUACAUUCGUCAAGAAUCUUUUCUAGAAAGACGCCGAAGUUUGUUGAAGACAGUGAUGGGGAGGAUAUUUUUGAUGUUGAGGAGGAGGAGGAGGAGGAAGAAGAAGAAGAAGAAGAGGCAGAAGAUCGGACAACUGUUGAUACCAAAGCAAAAAAGAAAGACAGUUUGUCUACAAAAAGUGGUGUCGAGGACACAAAGAGCCCACUAUUUGACCAGAUUCGGUUUUUGGCUAGUAAAUAUUCGCAUAAGUAG